AUGGUGAAUCUUUCUCUCCUCGCAGCCAGCUUCGGCGCGGCCACUGUGCUCGCCACCCCCCUCCCGGGCCCCCAGACCCAAACGCAGAACACCAUCAACCCGCGCCAGGGCGGCUACUACUUCCAGAACUGGUCCGAGGGCGGCAGCAACAUCCAGUGCAACAACGGCCAGGGGGCGUCGUACACGGCCAACUGGAACAGCCAGGGUGGCUUUGUCUGCGGCAAGGGCUGGAGCUAUGGCGGUGAACGCACCAUUACCUACUCCGGCACGUACAACGCGACGGGCCCGGGCUACCUCGCCGUCUACGGCUGGACGCGCAACCCCCUGAUUGAAUACUACAUCAUCGAAUCGCACGCCGACCUAGCCCCCAACGAGCCCUGGACGCUUCUCGGCGAGUUCAGCAGCGAAGAAGGCGACUACGAAUUGUAUAGCGCCACUCGCGUGAACAAGCCAUCGAUCGAGGGCACGCGCACGUUCCAGCAGUUCUGGUCUGUGCGUAAGGAGCAGCGGGUUGGUGGGACUGUGACUACCAAGACGCACUUUGAUGAGUGGGCCAAGGUUGGUUUGAGGUUGGGGAGCCAUGAUUAUUCGAUUAUUGCUACGGAGGGGUAUACGGCGAAUGGUGGGCCGGGAAGCGCUGGGUCGUCGUCGAUUAACGUGGGUUAA